AUGGGAGACCACACGGAGAAACACAUUCAUUUUGAAGAUGGUCGCAAUCGCGAAUACGAUGGGAGUUCUGACGAGGACUGCAAGGCAGUAGAGGUCGUCUUCGAUCCCGGAAACCCAUAUCGUCGCAAAAGCUCAAUGGUUGCCUCAGAGAUCAAGGCGCCUGUGAUGCGCCAUCCUUCGCGACGUGAUGAGUGCCUUGUCCACCAGUUUCUUGACAGUCAGCGACGCGCAAAAGAUGCUGCCAGCUCAGCCAGCGAGCCAGAGUCGGAACCCUCAAUAGGGAAUAACCCUCCGUCAUAUUUAAGCAACAAUCCAAAUACUAGCCAUGCCACUUUUCACAAGGCUCUCAAUGGCGAUCACAUCGAAGCUGUUCGUGACGACAGCCUCGACUCGAUUGUAGACCCCAAAUACCAGAAGAAGUGUCGCGCUGUUGUCGAGCCUGGUGGUAUGGAACACUCAGGCCAAGCUGAUCAGCAGGCCUGGACGCAGCAGAUGACCAAAAGCAUGUCCGACGUUGACCUUUCAGGUUAUCAGGACGACGUGCGAAGUCGCCUCCUAACCAAGCAGCAGCUUAGCGAUAUGGCAUGGGGUGUGCGUGAACUAAGUCGCCGAUUGAGUAGCAUGCGACUUCGGUUCAAGGUCAAGAGCAUCUUUAUCCUCACAAAGAUAUACGACCAAGACUUGAUCCCAAAGACACGAGAAUUGGUCAAGUGGCUCCUUCAACAUAGUCACGAGGUCGCCUACACCGUCUAUGUUCAAGACAAGCUCAAAACAAACAAGAAGUUUGAUGUAAGUGGAAUAAUUGACGAGGUGAGCAAGGGGUAUCUUGAUAGAGGCGACAUGAACGAGCAGGCUGUCAAAGAAACGCUGAACAGGCGACUCCGAUAUUGGGACGAGAACAUGUGCAGAACACGACCUCAUACCUUUGACUUUGUUAUCUCACUUGGUGGCGAUGGUACAGUGUUAUAUGCCAGCUGGCUCUUCCAGCGCAUCGUGCCACCCGUAUUGAGUUUUGCGCUAGGAAGCCUGGGUUUCUUGACCAAGUUUGACUUCGAGGACUACCAGCAGACACUCUUAACGGCCUUCACCAAGGGCGUUACAGUUAGCCUGAGGCUUCGUUUCGAAGGCACUGUCAUGAGAAGCCAGCCGCGCAAGAGAGCCCAGCUUAGUCAGGGCCCCGAGGAGGACGAGGAGCAGUCCCGAGACUUGGUGGAGGAGCUUAUAGGUGAGGAGAGGGAAGAUGAGCACACGCAUCGGCCGGAUGGGACGUUUGAGAUUCUGAAUGAGGUGGUAGUGGACAGAGGACCAAACCCAACAAUGUCAACUACCGAAAUUUUUGGUGACGAUGAGCACUUCACCUCAGUCUUGGCGGACGGUAUUUGCGUAUCGACACCCACAGGCUCAACGGCAUAUAACCUCGCCGCCGGAGGCUCCUUGUGCCACCCCGAGAACCCCGUGAUGCUGGUAACAUCUAUAUGCGCGCAUACCCUGUCUUUCAGGCCUAUCAUCCUUCCUGACACGAUUGUGCUACGGGUCGGUGUUCCAUAUAGCGCAAGAACGGCUUCAUGGGCGAGCUUCGAUGGCCGAGAACGUGUCGAGCUUAAGCCAGGAGAUUACGUGACUAUCAGCGCCAGUAGAUUUCCAUUUGCCUCGGUGCAAGCCGAGGGACGGAGGAGUGAAGACUGGGUGAACAGUAUUAGUGGAAAGUUGGGAUGGAAUACUAGACAAAAGCAGAAGAGUUACAAGGAGUGGGAGAAAUGA